AGCAUGCCUAUAAAAUAAAGCAGUUACCCUUAACAACCUACUAAAACACAGGGAUCGUGUAAUAAUUCUUUACACCGUCAGUUUAUAUAAGUCAAAUCCGAGUUGGAAAGCCAUCUUGUAGACAGACAGGAAAACAAACAUGCAUUCACUCCCACGUGAAGUGAAUAUCCUCAAUGGCUAAAGCCUCUUACUCAUUGUGGAAGAUAAACUUGUGUGGCCCUAGUAAACUUAAAGAGCCACUACAAAAGAGAGGACAACCUAGUGCACUAAACUCCGGUAAUAUGCAAGGUCCGAGGAAGAGUCGGACCACAAGGAUCUAUUGUACGCAGUUUUACCCUGCAUUUCUAUAAGAGUUUGUUUUCACGGUUCGAACCCGUGAACUCAUGGUCACAUGUCAGCAACUUUACCAGUUACGCAAGGCUCCUCUUCCCACUGCAACAAAUCUUGGUGCAACCAUUAUGACUUUCAAAUUAGGAUGCACUGCAUAGGAUGUAAAAUUUAGCACAAAUCACCCAACCAUGAAAAAGAAAAAUGGUGUCAUUGUUUCACCAAAUGUGAACAGGUUGAAUAAGUUGGUACAGUAGAACUCCAAAAUUCUGCAUAUAAAAUUUGCUCAAAAUAGCAAUCAGACAUGUUAAAAAUGUUAUAUGUGGCAGUUGAACAGGGGAAGUACAAAGUGACAGGUGAAAUUUUCCACUUCAAACUCUUAACUGUUGAUACAAAAAAAUCAAGAUUAUAUUUUCCAUAAAAAUCCACUUUCAAGUUAUAUAGUCCUCACAUGCAGUCCAAUAAACCACUUAGCGUCUAUUGAAAGUGACACCUCCAAUUCUCCCCCUUAUAUAUUCUCUCUUGACCAACCUUAAUUUUCUUGAGGCCAUUCUACACCCCCUAUUUUCACUCAAACAAAAGGCAAAUAUUCAAGAAAUAACCAACUUUUAAUUUCCUCUACACAUUUAAGAAGGAUGAAGUCACCACCAACUCAUGUCUUCUUUAAACAUAAAAGUAUGCUUCUUAGGUUGCUUAUAUUCAUACUAGGCAUUUGCUCAAUAAACAGAACUAACCUUUGUUGUGACCAACCUUUUGCCACCCCAAUAUCUUCUUCUUCUUCUACCCCUUCAAGUUUUUCAGUGAUUCAAUCAUCAUUGAAACAGUUAAAUAUUGAAGGGUAUUUUAGUUUCAAGAAUUUCGAUCACGCGGCCAAAGACUUUGGCAACAGAUAUCACUUCUUGCCAUCGGCAGUUCUGUAUCCAAAAUCAGUUUCUGAUAUAUCAUCUACCAUAAAACAUGUUUUUGACAUGGGUGUUACUACAGACCUAACUGUUGCUGCUAGAGGUCAUGGUCAUUCUCUAGAAGGCCAAGCUCAAGCUUACCAAGGAGUAGUGAUCAAUAUGGAAUCGCUUCGAGCGCCAGCAAUGCGUUUCCACACAGGGAAUCAAGAACUGCCUUUUGUUGAUGUCUCUGCAGGAGAACUUUGGAUAAACAUCCUGCAUGAAAGUCUUAAACUUGGAUUAACACCAAAAUCUUGGACUGAUUAUCUUCACCUCACCGUUGGAGGGACUUUGUCGAAUGCCGGAAUCAGUGGUCAAGCAUUCAAACAUGGACCACAGAUCAAUAAUGUUUACCAACUUGAGGUUGUCACUGGUAAAGGAGAGGUGAUUACUUGUUCAGAGGAGAAGAAUGCUGACCUGUUCUAUGGUGUAUUAGGAGGACUAGGCCAGUUUGGUAUCAUCACAAGGGCUAGAAUUGCUCUUGAACCAGCACCUAAAAAGGUAAAGUGGAUCAGAGUGCUGUAUUCAGAUUUCUCCACAUUUUCCUAUGAUCAAGAACACUUGAUAUCAUCCGAGAACUCUUUUGACUAUAUAGAAGGAUUUGUCAUUAUCAAUAGAACAGGAUUGUUAAACAACUGGAGGUCUACUUUCAAUCCUAAAGAUCCACUUCUAGCCAAAGAGUUCAGUUCUGAGGGAAAAGUUCUGUACUGCCUAGAAGUUGCCAAAUACUUCAAUCCAGAAGAGACAACCAAAACUGAUCAGAAUGUUGAUGUUCUUUUAUCAAAGUUGAAUUAUAUCCAAUCGACGCUGUUCCAAUCAGAAGUAUCCUACGUGGAUUUCCUCGACAGAGUUCACGUAUCCGAGAUGAAACUUCAAGAGAAGGGGUUAUGGGAUAUUCCUCAUCCAUGGCUAAACCUUCUAAUUCCAAAGAGCAAGAUUCAUGACUUUGCACGAGAAGUUUUUGGGAAGAUACUUACCGACACUAGCCACGGUCCUAUACUCAUCUACCCAGUCAACAAAUCAAAGUGGAGAAAAGGAACAUCAGUAGUUACACCUGAAGAAGAUGUUAUGUAUCUAAUAGCAUUUCUAUCUUCUGCCAUGCCAUCUUCAACAGGAAAGGACGGCGUAGAAUAUAUUCUAAAUAAGAAUAAGAAGAUACUAAACUUUUGCAGAAAAGCACAUAUUGGAAUGAAACAGUAUUUGCCACACUACACAACGCAGGAAGACUGGAAAGGUCACUUUGGUCCCCAGUGGGAAACAUUUAAAAGGAGGAAAUCUACAUAUGACCCUUUGGCUAUCCUAGCUCCUGGCCAGAGAAUUUUUAGAAGAGCAUCAGGCGUUCAACAACAAUGACUUCUUCCGAAAAAUAAAUAGCUAUAUAGAGUUCUUUUACAUAGAUCUAUGGCUAUAAUGCUCCUCCAUAGUGUACACAUGUAACAAUGUUGAAGCAUUGUAGCAUUCUUUUCGGAACGAACUAUCUUUGUACAUGAAUACUUGAAACUAGCAAUGAAUCUAAUGUUUGUGCCUA